GCAGAAGCAAGGAUGUCGGACGUUGAGACAUUCGCAUUCCAGGCGGAGAUCAACCAGCUCCUCUCCCUUAUCAUCAACACCUUCUACUCCAACAAGGAGAUCUUUCUUCGUGAGCUCAUCUCCAACGCUAGUGAUGCCCUUGACAAGAUCAGAUAUCAGUCCCUCACCGACAAAGCUGUCUUGGACAGCCAGCCGGAGAUGUACAUCCACCUUAUCCCCGACAAGACCAACAACACCCUCACCAUCAUCGACUCCGGUAUCGGCAUGACCAAGGCCGACAUGGUGAACAACCUCGGAACCAUCGCCCAGUCCGGCACCAAGGCCUUCAUGGAGGCUGUUCAGGCUGGUGCGGAUGUGAGCAUGAUCGGACAGUUCGGUGUUGGUUUCUACUCUGCCUACCUUGUCGCGGACAAGGUCGUUGUCACCUCCAAGAACAAUGACGAUGAGCAGUACAUCUGGGAGUCUGCUGCUGGCGGAUCCUUCACUGUGCGCCCCGACACCAGCGGAGAGAACCUGGGACGUGGAACCAAGAUCCAGCUCUUCCUCAAGGAGGAUCAGCUUGAGUUCCUCGAGGAGCGCCGCAUCAAGGAUCUCGUGAAGAAGCACAGCGAGUUCAUCAACUAUCCCAUCAGCUUGUGGAUCGAGAAGACCACCGAGAAGGAGGUCGAGGACGACGAGGAGGAGGAGAAGAAGGAGGAGGACAAGCCCGAGGGUGACGAGCCCAAGAUCGAGGAGGUCGACGAGGAUGCCGAGAAGAAGGACAAGAAGAAGAAGAAGGUCAAGGAGGUCUCCCACGAAUGGGAACUUGUCAACAAGCAGAAGCCCAUCUGGACUCGCAAUCCUGAGGACAUUCCCAAGGAGGAUUAUGCCGCCUUUUACAAGGCCCUCACCAACGAUUGGGAGGAUCAUUUGGCUGUCAAGCACUUCAACGUUGAGGGACAGCUUGAGUUCAAGUCCAUCCUCUUCGUUCCCCGCCGUGCUCCCUUCGACAUGUUCGAGAAGAAGAAGAAGCAGAACAACAUUAAGCUGUACGUUCGCCGUGUGUUCAUCUCCGACAAUUGCGACGAGCUUUGCCCUGAGUGGUUGAGCUUCGUCAAGGGUGUCGUCGACUCCGAGGAUCUCCCUCUUAACAUCUCUCGUGAGAUGCUCCAGCAGAACAAGAUCUUGAAGGUGAUCAAGAAGAACCUCGUCAAGAAAGCCAUCGAGAUGUUCCAGGAGAUUGCUGAGAAUGCUGAGGACUACAAGAAGUUCUACGAGCAGUUUGGCAAGAAUCUCAAGCUCGGUAUCCAUGAGGACAGCACCAACCGCUCCAAGCUUGCGGACCUCCUUCGCUUCACUACCACCAAGUCUGGUGAUGAUAUGGUCAGCCUGAAGGACUAUGUCAGCAACAUGAAGGAGGAGCAGCAGAACAUCUACUUCAUCACUGGAGAGAGCAAGAAGGCUGUUGAGAACGCUCCCUUCCUUGAGCGCCUCAAGAAGAAGGGCUUCGAGGUUCUCUUCCUGACUGAUCCUAUCGACGAGUACAUGGUCCAGCAGAUGAAGGACUAUGACGGCAAGAAGCUCGUUUGCGUCACCAAGGAGGGACUCAAGCUUGAGGAGUCCGAGGACGAGAAGAAGGCCAGAGAGGAGCUCAAGGCCAACACCGAGGGGCUCUGCAAGCUCAUCAAGGAGACCUUGGAUGACAAGGUCGAGAAGGUUGUCGUGUCUGACCGCCUUGUCUCUGCUCCUUGCUGCUUGGUGACUGGCGAGUACGGGUGGUCUGCCAACAUGGAGCGCAUCAUGAAGGCCCAGGCUCUUCGUGACAACUCCAUGUCUACCUACAUGACCUCCAAGAAGACCAUGGAGGUCAACCCCGAGCACCCCAUCAUCAAGGAGCUCGUCAAGAAGUCGGAUGCUGACCGUGGCGACAAGACCGUCAAGGAUCUCAUCUGGCUCUUGUUCGACACUGCUCUCUUGGUCUCUGGCUUCACCUUGGAGGAGCCCAACACCUUCGCUGGUCGCCUCCACCGCAUGAUCAAGCUUGGUCUCAGCAUCGACGAGGAUGGCGAGGAUGAGGAGCCUGUCCCCGAGCUCGAGGAGACUGGUGACUCUGCUGAGGGAUCCAAGAUGGAGGAGGUCGACUAAGCUGUAGACUGAAUUUAUCGUUCAAUGUACUGUUAAUAAAGCAAAUCUCAUCUACGU